AUAUAUAUAUCUCCAAGUCUCCAGAAAUGGCUGUUUUCCCAGACUGUUGCCCACUCCUCAAGGAAAUCCCAGCCAGCCUCCGGUCGGACGGCACCCAGAGAUUCCCACGAUCGCUCCACAGUGCCAGUGCUGCAAAAAAGAAAGCCACAGCAAAGCAGCACUGGUGCCGGGUCCUUUUCCCUUAUGCCCCGACGAAGGAAGACGUGCUGGAGCUUAGCACUGGGGACCUGGUGCAAAUCCUGGAGGAGAUUGAAGAUGGCUGGUGGCUGGGGAAGAAGCGAGGACAACUGGGAGUUUUUCCCUCUAACUUCGUGCAAGAGCUUAGUGGCCCAUCACUAGACACCCCUUUUCUGGAGCCCAAAGGAGGUGCAGCGAAACAGCGGCCCAAAAUGACCAACGAAACCUUCGUCCUCGAUGAGUCUGAGAAGAUGGAGAAACCAGCAACUUCUCCUUCAGAGCCUGAGACCCCCAAAAUCCGGACCCCGCAAGAACCACCCCCAAGCAACGAUACGCCCCGCUACUGUCAGGCCAUGUUUGACUUUGAACCGGAGCACGAAGACAAGCUGCUCCUCCGCAAAGGGGACCUGAUUCUGUUGCUGAACAAGGAAACCAUGGAUUUGGGUUGGUGGGAAGGAGUGAGCCGAGGCAAGAAGGGCCUCUUCCUGGACAACUUUGUCAUGCCGCUGACCAACUUGGAUCCUGGGAUCAGAAGUAAAGUGCCAACGCGAAAGAAGGAGGCUGACAAAGCAACCAAAGGAGCCAAAAAGCCCUGCCAAGGCAACAAGGUGGAGAUGAGACCCUUUGGAGACCUCCUCAAAGACUCCAAGGAGCAGAAGAAGAUGGAGACCCCCAAAACAAAUUCCUUCCCAGCCAAGAAGGCGGCCCCUCUGCCACCACCCGUUCCAGCCAAGGCCAAGCAGGCCCCCAUGGCACCACAAAAGUCCUCCAAUGGCCCCAUUUCCUUCCCUGCCACCCCUGCAGUGAAGGCCAAAGCCAAAGAGACAGAAACUGACACUUUGGAUGCGGUUGUGACUCCUGGGGUCAAACUGACCCAUCCCACGGCCAACCGCUCCAAGAUGCCCAGCAAGAGGCCCCCAAACCAGCUGGUUGAGAAAGGGCCUGUUCACCCCUCGAACCCGGCAGAAAACCCCCAAAACCCUGAACAGCAGUCUCCCCAUCCAAUGCCUGAAAAAACCACAAAUGACUAAUCAUUGACAUCUAUGGAUGACUUCAAGGCCGUGCUCCGGACGCUGAGGGGCCUCAUGGGCCUGAUGCAAACCCAGCAUCGGAAAGAAAUUGAAGAGUUGAAGGCGGAAAUGAGCCAUGAACAGGCCAAGAGGGAAGCUCUGC